UUUGUGUUGCGAUUUUGUAUCAGUAUUUGGGAUAACCCUGUCCCCUUGUGGUCAUAUGGGGCACUACAUCCGCUAUAACAAGGAGAAUAUUUUUGGCACAGUGACGCCCACAAGCACAGGUACUCUUUCCCCCUUUUUUUUCCGAGGCAGUCAAACAAAUCCAGCAGCCUGUCACUCGCUGCAAAUAACAUGCAAAGACACCAACGAUGGACUAAACUUGUGCAAAAAAGGCAGACGUUGCACUUAUUUGAGACUUUUUAGAGCGCAAGUAACAAUGGGACGAUUAGUGGCUGAGCUGCUUCUGCUGCUGCUCAUUUCCACAGGACAAGUUUAUGCAGUGUCAUUUAAUGGCAACAGCGCCCCCCAGCUGCAGACAGCGGAAGCUCUCUUGAAAACAUUGACAACGCAAAGUGAUGGCGACGACUCCAACGUCCUGUUAUUGAGAAGCCUCGAGGUUGCAGAAGGAAGUUGGGCACCGUUGGAGCCCAAGCAUAUCAAGGUGAAUUUUGAUUUUACAAAGUUGGGUUUGCAUCCAUCCGAGUUCAUGUUCCGGAUUGAGGAACGGGCAGUUCACGGCCAUCUGCAGCUUGACCCCAGUCCUGAAGAUCCCAAAGAGGGAGCAGUCCCAGUCCAGGGAGAGGAGACAGACUUGACCUUUAGCAUGCUUGACCUCUGGCAGGGUCGUGUGAUGUACGUUCAUAGCGGCUCAGAGGAUCUCCAUGACUACUUUACGUUCUCCAUCUUCUCAAGCUCCAACAAGAAGCUUCCUGCGUAUCUGAGGGAGCAUCACCUGUAUCGUUUUGACAUCAACAUCAGUCCUAUUAAUGAUGCGCCGGUUCUCAGCCUACCACGUGGAAAUAUUUUUAAUAUUCUUCAAAAUACCAAACGGCAGCUGACAAGAGAUAUGCUCAACGUAUCAGACCCUGAUAGCAGUCAAGCCGACUUGGUCUUCAACUCCAUGGGAAACUUUGUGGAGGCCGGACAUCUUGAACAUGAAGAUCACCCGGACAGGGUUAUUAAAGUGUUCUCCCUGCAUGAUCUGGAAGAGGGUAAGAUUAGCUUUGUCCACACGGGGGUGUCUACCUCCAGAAUGGCACUCAGGGUCAGCGAUGGUCAGAAGUUCAGCACGACAGUCAUUUUGAGGAUUGUUGCAGUGGAGCUUGAGUACAAACUGGUGAACCACACCGGACUGGAAGUGAACCAGGGCGGAACGUCGCUCAUCACCACCAAUCAUCUUGCAGUACAAAUUAAUGUUGCUGAUCAGCCUGUGGAGAUUUUCUAUCAUGUCACAGAGCUGCCCCAAUAUGGCGAGCUCCAACGUUUACACCAAAGUAGCAAAUGGAAACCAACGAAAUCCUUCUCUCAGAAACUUCUAGAACAAGAACAGAUCCGGUACGUCAGCACUUACCGUGGUAUCCAACCUCAGAACAUCACCGACGGGUUCCGAUGUAAUGUCAGCAUUGGGUCAUUUGCGACAGAAGAACUCGUGUUUCCGAUCGUGGUACGAUGGAUUCAUUUUAAGGUCACAAGAAGCAAGAUGGAGGUCAACGGUGUUCUCAAAGUUGUUGUCACUCCUGAAGACUUUCAUGUGAUUACCAAGGGGGUCAAAUUGAACGAGAGUGACCUUUAUUUCAGACUUCUAACAGAACCCAAGAAAGGUCAGCUAUUUCUCAUCGAUAAACUUCUAAAAAUUGACUCCAUUUUCAGCCAGAAGAAUAUCACAGAUGGCUUAGUGACGUACGAGUUGCUAGCUAAGUCUCCCGAUGACACGAGAGACAUUUGUAGCUUUCAGGUGAUUUCUACUCUCGCCAACUCAAGUCUGGACUUCCGAAUCCACAUCAGAGCCGAGUCAACUGACUUCACCGUCGUAAACAAAGGCAUGUUCGUUGUGGAAGGAGGAAGUAAAAUCAUUACGAAAAAUAUUCUCUUUACGAACAUCGCCAGUAACCGCGAGGUUCACUACAGCAUCACGGCGCAUCCGAGACACGGUCUACUGAGGAGAAUCGACCUCUCCAACUUGACCUCCAUAAAUGACAACAUCGUAGCUUUCACCAAUCAGGAUAUCAUCGAAGAAAGGAUGAUGUACGUCCACGAUGACAGCGAGACUAAAAAAGAUUAUUUUGCUUUUCAAAUUGUGGUCUACAAAGUCAAUGGCAGGAAGGAGGAAAGAAACACAGUCGAACACACCGUCAACAUCUCCAUCCAACUCAUCAAUGAUCAGCGGCCUGUUAGAGUUGUCGAUAAAGUUUUCCACGUGGCCCGAGAUGGACAGAGGUUGGUGACUUUGAGUGACCUCUGUUACCGGGAUGAUGACUCGGACUUUGAGGAUGAUCGCUUGGUGUACACCCGGAGAGGGAUUCCAAUGGGGGAGCUGGUCUUGGCCAGUGCGCCCAAUCACAAACUCUACGAGUUCACACAGCAAGAUCUCAAGCAGAAAAAUGUGCUAUUUGUACACAGUGGCGUGAGCUUUGGUCGUUUUGUCCUUUUUGUGUCAGAUGGGAAACAUUAUGUCUCUACCUUAAUGGAGGUGAAGGCCCAAGAUCCUUACCUGGAAGUGAGCAACAACACAGGCCUCAUGGUCCAGCAGGGUGGCAUAACAACUCUAACCUCAUACAAUAUCAGCGUCUUCAGUAACCUGGACAUACGAACUCCACAGCAAAUCACAUUUGAAGUUUUCCUUCCACCCAAACAUGGAGUCCUCCAAUUUAAGAAAAGUGAAGCAGCAGCAGCAGUGGCAGGUUCCGUUUCAUCAUUCACCCAGGAGGAUCUGGAGAUGAAGAACUUGAUGUAUCAGCAUGACGGCAGCCAUGAGUCAUCCGAUGGGUUUAAUAUCACUGCAAGAGCAAGGGAGAGACGUGGAAAGGGGCUGGCUGAUGAUUGGAGGAAGGAGGUCCAUCUGGACAUUGGGGUGCAGAUAAAAAUCUACCUUGAAAGUCAUCAGAGGCCUCCAACAGUCAUAAGGAAUCUUCCAGUGGUGGUGGACGAAGGGCACGAUGUUGCCUUGAGCAAGAACAAUUUAGAGGUAAGCCGGUCGGUCUUGGAAUUGCAAGAAACGUCAUUUUCAUCUAUUUAUCCUCAGGUGUUUCAUGAAGACAGCCAUCCUUCAGAGAUAGUCUUCACCAUCCAACAACCUCCAACCCUCGGAUUUAUCGAAAGGUCUUCGCUUCAGGAAAAGCGUCAACCAAAAAAUGGAAGACAUCGGCAUCUCUUCCAGGAAUUCAGACGACAGGCAACAACCUCUUUCACCCAGGAAGACAUCGACCAGGGUUUGGUCAUCUAUCGUCAGAGGACUACGGGAAGGAGCAGUAGUAACGACUCUGUUCUGUUGGAGGCCACCAAUGGCCUCACCAAAGUUGGGCCAAUUCAACUGGAGAUUGAUAUUAUUCCCAAACGUCUCCCACUGAAGGUGUCUGACCUGAUCUUGGAUGAGGGGUCCUCUCUGACGAUCACACCUGACAUCAUCACGAUAGACAGUCAUCACUUCUCAGGGAUGAAUUUCCUCUAUCAAAUCAUCGUUCCUCCACGACACGGUCACUUGGAGCACAGUCGGAUCCCAGGGAUGCCCAUCUCGGCAUUCACGCACACUGAGGUGGAACGUGAAUAUAUUUCUUAUAUCCAUGAUGGGAGUGAUACAGUGAGAGACAAUUUCACCAUCAUGGCCAACCAGACGGAAAACCAGAAGCACAGUCUUCCACGUGUUGUCCACAUCAAUGUCACGUCUGUCAAUGAUGAGACACCUGUUGUUAUAAACAACCAAGGCCUGAAGGUUUGGGUGGGUUCUGUGACCGAAAUCUCUGCGGAUGAUCUAAGUGCGGAGGACUCAGACACUCCACCCGAGUUGCUCGAGUUCAUCAUCACACCGCCCAGUAACGGCUAUCUAGCUCUGAGGAGUUCCCUGUCCAAACACAUCUUGAACUUCACACAGAGUCAUAUUCAAAAUGGCCAGCUGGUCUUUGUGCACAGUGGUGCUUUAUCCGGAGGUUUCCAUUUCCAAGUUAAUGAUGGCGUGAACUUUGCCCCUCGCCAGAUCUUCAGCACGACAGCUCAUUCCCUCGUUCUAACACUACAAAGAAACCAUCCCAUUGAGGUGUACCGAGGUUCAUUGACCCCAAUUUCUGAGCAAAACCUUCAGGUGGUGACCAACGAACCCAAUGACAUCGGAAGACACCACACAGUGGAGUUUACCGUGACCGUUCCCCCAAAACUUGGCCGCUUGGUCCGUCAUAUGCUAGACAACUCUACUCGGGACAUUUCUACAUUCACACAAAGCAUGGUGAACUCGGGGAUUAUUUUGUAUGAUCAGAACAAACCGGUUUCAGCGGGAUGGUUGGCUGAAGACACAUUUUCUUUCACUGUAUCUUCUCCUCCUGCUUUCCUGCCACCAACCACCUUCACACUCUUGAUCUCCAAUCAGCCAAACAAUCGUCACAAUCAUCACCAUGAGAGCAAACUCUCCAACAAUGCAGGUGCUGUGGUGUCAGAGGGCGGCAGGGUUACAAUUGACAAAUCGAAACUCGAUGCAUCGAAUCUCCUGGAGAAAGUACCCAAGCCAAUCCAGAAAGACUACCAUGUCAUCUACCGGGUUAUUUCCUUGCCGCACCACGGCGCUUUGUCCAUCCAAGGACGCAACCUCACUAGGGGGCAACCAAAUUUCUCUCAGCUGGCUCUAAACGAGUUUGGCGUGACAUACAUCCAUGAUGACUCUGAGACCACAAGCGACAGUUUCACUUUCCAAGCCCGGGUGGCCCCUCUGGAUGCCUCCCCGUCUUUACCUCCGUCUCACUUAUCCGAUUCCUCCUCGUUGCCGUUCUAUUCGGCCUCGUCCUCCCUUCCGUCGGUAGACUUUGUGCCUGAUCGCCACGUCGAGGACAGCCUGACAAUCACGAAGACUUUUAACAUCACGGUGACACCGGUGAAUGACCAGCCGCCAUUGACUAGCAACAGAUCCCCGAGUAUAAAAGUCGUCGUUGGGGAAAGAGUCGUUCUCGGACCGGACAGUCUUCAGGUUGAAGAUCACGACACCCCUCCAGAGGAGCUCCAUUACCUAGUGAUUAGCAAGCCCAACAACGGCUACCUGACGCUGGGCGAAAGACCAGAACCGGUGACAUCGUUCACCCAGUAUGACGUCAACCACGGUCGGCUACAUUUUACACAGCAGGGUGAGCCAUCAACUGGAAUGUUCUACUUUAACGUCACUGACGGACACCAUCGUCCACUCUACAAAAUUUUCAGUUUGGAGGUGAUCAAGCCUUCUGUUUUCAUUGUGAACAACACCGGCCUAUCGUUAGUUCAAGGCAGGACGGCGGUGAUCCUGACGACCAAUCAGCUGGCAGCUCAAACAAACAGUCACAACCAGGCCAACAUUACCUACACGGUCACCACGCACCCUCAUCACGGACGCAUCGCUAUAAACGAUCAAGAAGUCAAGACCUUCUUCCACGAGGAUCUGCAAUAUGGCCGUGUGGUCUAUCACAUGACUGAUCUCAGCGAAUCGGAGGACAGCUUUCAGAUCUCCGUGUCGGCCUCGGCGCCGGGUGUCGAAUAUGGAAACGUGAGCGCCCAGACGGUGAAGGUAGUCGUGCGGCCUCUCAUCUAUCUGCGAGAACCUGUGAGAGUCCCCAGCGGCAUUGCUGUCAAACUGGGGAAAGCCAUGAUGGAUGCCUCCGAGCUGGCGAGAAUCAGCAGAGCCAAUCCGGUCUUUGAGGUUCUGUCCCCACCCAAACAUGGAAAGCUAGUCAAGAUGACAUAUGGCCCCAACAGAGCCCCAGAAGUCUUAAAGUCGUUUACUUUCCGCGACGUGGUUCAAGGACGCGUCGCCAUCGAGGAGACGUUGAGCGACAGCCCGCUACCCAAUAACAAAUCCUCGCUCGCGACGUCGCAGGGCCACGCCCCCGCCACGCCUCGCAACGAUUCUUUCGUCUUCCUGCUGAAGGCCGGAAAUGUUCAGCCGGCCAAAGGUGAGCUUCACUUCACCAUCUUACCUCACCACCAAAUGCAUCACGGCCCGCCUGGGUUGAAAAACACGGAUAGUGUGAGUAGUGAACACAAGAUGACGUUGCUAACCACAAGGAAUAAGACAACCACUGGAGGGGGGAGAGGAAUGGCGGGGAAGGAAACCCCCAUGUCCAGCGGGGUGGAAAUGGAUUUGCAUCCUCACAUCCUGAUACACAAGAACCACAACAAGACCCACCACAAGCCGAGACCUCACCACCGCACGGCAAAUCACACGCGGAGUCACGCCAAAAGUGGCGUGGAUGAAGCAAUGUGGCGACGGGAAUCCCCCCCGCAACCUCGCCCCCCCUCCGAGCCAGAACACGCUCUGGCGAAGCCUCCUGACACCCGUCCGGUUCACGUGGAGGUCCUCCCUCGACCCUCCUCGGACCCUCUGCUCAUCAUCCUGCCACUUCUGGCUUGUUUACUCCUCAUUGUCAUCCUCGUGGUGUUGAUCCUGGUGUUCCGACACCAAAAGGAGAAGCAGGCUCGAAUGCGACUUCUUCAGGAGCUGGCCGCCGUGCAGUUACCCGCCGAGGGGAGCCCAGACUCGGGCCGGUCGGAGCGAAGCAUGGCUGCGCCGUCCGUGGUGGUCACCCCGCUUGGUGCUGCCAGCUGUCCCGUGUCACCGAGGGUACCGGAAGGCCCCAGGAGGCGGAGUCUGGCCCCUGGAAUGACCUUCUGGGGGCCAUUUGAUACUGAGGCUACAAGCAGUGAUGAACAUUUGAGAACUUGGCAAAGUAAUGAAAGAGUUAUUAGCAGAAAUUCAUUACCGGCCAUGUCUGUCGAAUUCAAGACCUCUCGCAGAGCCAAAUCCCCCAUACCGACGCUUCAAGGCAACCAGUAUUGGGUUUGAUUGACAUUUGGUAUUUUGAGGGAACAAUUCCUGUUUUGCUUAAAAAAUCGCAUAAUUGCUUUUUAUGUGCUCAGGUCAAAGCCUUGUCGAAGAUAAAAGUUUGCUUUGCUGCAUUUUUUGUGCCAAGGAACCACAGCAUGUUGAAGAAAGGGGAGGAGCUUAAUUUACAACCACAAUAAUGAACGUGAUGGAAUGAUGUAUUUAUUUGUUCUCAAGCAGGUUUAUUUUAUUCGCCAUAUAGAAACAGAAAUACUGAGUGUAGUCAAAUGUAGCAAUAUAAUUCUAUUUUUUAAAUAGUCCCAAUAUGCAGUAAUGUAAAUACUGACUUUUGUUUUGCUUUUGCUUGAUUUUCUUUGAUAAGCUCUCACGUGACUGCUCGUUGAACUGCUUUCACCCAUGCACAAUGUUAACUUUCUUUCCUUUUCUUCCUGCUCGCAUCUUACUACGCACUGUAAAAGAUUUAUUUUUCAAUAAAAAGAUAUUUUU